AUGGCUGAUGAUAUUGAUAUUGAAGCAAUGCUUGAAGCUCCUUACAAGAAGGAUGAGAACAAAGUGAGCAGUGCCAAUGGCCACGAAGAACGCAGCAAGAAGAGAAAAAAGAGCAAGAGCCGAAGUCGAAGCCAUGACAGGAAGAGGAGCAGAAGUAAGGAACGCAAACGGAGCCGAGAUCGGGAAAGAAAAAAGAGCAGAAGCCGGGAAAGGAAACGGAGCAGAAGCAAAGAACGCAGACGCAGCCGUUCUAGAAGUAGAGACCGCAGAUUCAGAGGCCGCUAUAGAAGUCCCUAUUCUGGUCCAAAAUUCAACAGUGCCAUCAGAGGGAAGAUUGGUCUGCCUCACAGCAUCAAAUUAAGCAGACGACGCUCCAGAAGCAAAAGUCCCUUCAGAAAAGACAAGAGCCCUGUUAGAGAACCUAUUGAUAAUCUUACCCCUGAAGAGAGGGAUGCUCGAACAGUAUUCUGCAUGCAGCUGGCUGCAAGAAUUCGACCGAGAGACCUGGAAGAAUUUUUCUCUACAGUAGGGAAGGUUCGUGAUGUGCGAAUGAUUUCGGAUAGAAAUUCCAGGCGUUCAAAGGGAAUUGCUUAUGUAGAAUUUGUUGAUGUUAGUUCAGUGCCUCUGGCAAUAGGACUAACUGGACAGAGAGUCUUGGGUGUACCAAUCAUAGUACAAGCAUCACAGGCAGAGAAAAACAGAGCAGCAGCAAUGGCAAAUAAUCUGCAGAAGGGUAGUGCUGGUCCUAUGAGGCUCUAUGUGGGAUCAUUACACUUCAACAUAACUGAAGAUAUGCUUCGAGGAAUUUUUGAGCCGUUUGGCAGGAUUGAAAGCAUUCAGCUGAUGAUGGAUAGUGAAACUGGACGUUCAAAAGGAUAUGGAUUUAUUACGUUCUCAGACUCUGAGUGUGCCAAAAAGGCCUUGGAACAACUCAAUGGAUUUGAGCUGGCUGGUAGGCCAAUGAAGGUUGGACAUGUAACUGAGCGCACUGAUGCUUCUAGUGCUAGUUCGUUUUUGGACAGUGAUGAGUUGGAACGGACUGGAAUUGACUUGGGAACAACUGGUCGCCUUCAGUUGAUGGCAAGACUUGCAGAAGGUACGGGUUUGCAGAUUCCUCCAGCUGCACAGCAGGCUCUGCAGAUGAGUGGAUCUUUGGCAUUUGGAGCUGUGGCAGAAUUUGAACUGGUAAUCUAUUUGCAAACGAGACUAUCUCAGCAGAAUGAAGUUCUGGCUGCAGCUGCUUCUGUACAACCACUUGCAACACAGUGCUUCCAGCUUUCCAACAUGUUUAAUCCUCAAACUGAAGAAGAAGCUGGCUGGGAUACAGAAAUUAAAGAUGAUGUGAUUGAGGAAUGUAACAAACAUGGAGGAGUUAUCCACAUCUAUGUAGACAAAAACUCAGCUCAGGGCAACGUGUAUGUCAAAUGUCCUUCAAUUGCUGCUGCCAUUGCAGCUGUAAAUGCGUUGCAUGGGAGGUGGUUUGCAGGUAAAAUGAUUACAGCGGCGUACGUACCUCUUCCAACGUACCAUAGCCUCUUCCCAGAUUCUAUGACUGCAACCCAACUACUGGUUCCUGUUCGACGAUGAAGAUGGAUUUAGUCAGUUUUGUACAUAGUUAUUUUUUGGAGGAAGAUUGAGUUAUCUUUUAUUUAGAUAAAACUAAAGGAGAGGAUUUAAUGUCAUUUUGUGUACACUUCCUGCUACCUUUAAAAAUAAAAUGAAGUAAGCAGAAACGCAGUGUGUUCAUUCUCCCUAACUAGCAUUUCCACUGUAUACAAAGCUGUUGACUUCUUGUUCUGCCUUGUAAUUCUUGUACAUUUACUGAGGUGAUCUGUAGGAACUGAGAAGUAGCUCAUAGAAAACAAGUUCUCUGUAAAAGGCAGAUGGGACAUAAUGACAUUUUUAAUGUUUCACAAGCCUUUCUUUUAAUGCAGCAAUUACAUUUUACAUUUCACUAAAUGUAGGUGAUCUGCUAAAGGUUAAUAUCGGAGAUAGACUUUACGAAGGGACAUAUUUAGUGUUUUGUAUAAAUGGAAAAUUCAAAAGGCUACUGAAAGCUGACUCUAGACAGCCACUCAGCUUGCUUUUGUCCUGAAUAAUUGAUAAGAAUAGAAGGAUUGAAGGGUUUUAUUUCUUGAUGGUAACUUUUGAUUAAUGUAUCUGUAAAAGUUUCUUUGUAAAUACUGUGUGAGGUGUGUCUAAGUUUCCAAACAAAACGAUCUCUGCAUUUCCAGAUAAGUUUCUAUGUAUGCAGUGUGGCACAGUUGAAGGAUUUCAGCCGAGUCUGAAAAUCGGUAGGAAAUACAGAAACAUGUUUUGUUCUGGUUGCAUAUAAUCUUUGCUCUUUUUAAGCUCUGUGAGCUCUGAAAUAUAUUUUUGGGUUACUUCAGUGUGUUUGACAAGACAGCUUGAUAUUUCUAUCAAACAAAGACUUUCAUAUUGCAACAAUCUUUGUAAGAACCACUCAAAUAAAAUUCUCUUAAAAAGGCCUUCAUGAA